AAUAAAAAGAAAUAUUUUGUUUUGAUGGUUCGCACGUUCCUUUUUUUGAUCCGCUCAGUCACAUGCCCGUAACUUUUUAAAAGGUUAGAUUAGAUUAGAUUAGAUAAGUUCAAAAACUACCGCGCACCUUACUUAGCCUUUCGAGUUCGUUCCGCGAAUCCAUUUUACGUCGACACAGCAAAAUACAACCUCCGAAUUACCAACUAAAGAUGACUUCCAAUACUCCUGCGCAGGCUAUUCCUGCGCAAACUCUCGAUAGCUAUACAUUCCCAACAAAUCGUCUAAGACUCACUCAAAAUGAUCCUGAGAGGACUCCUCUAGUAUUGGUAGCCUGUGGAAGCUUUUCGCCUAUAACCUACCUUCACUUGCGAAUGAUGGAGAUGGCCGCCGAUUACUGCAAGUUUAACACGGAAUUUGAACUUCUUGCCGGAUAUUUUUCACCUGUAUCGAAUUUUUACAAGAAAGCCGGCCUGGCGAGUUCGGAACACCGGUAAGUCCAAAUCUCCCGAGCAUCUGCACCAUCGACUAAUGUUCGCAGAAUAAAUAUGUGCGAGUUGGCGGUACAAUCUUCAAAUUGGCUUAUGGUGGAUCCAUGGGAAGCCUUACAAACUGAAUAUACGCCGACUGCCCUUGUUCUUGACCAUGUCGAGCAUGAGAUAAACAAAGUUCUGGGUGGUGCUAUACGACCAGAUGGAUCUCGAGUGCCCGUUCGCAUUGCCUUACUAGCCGGAGCUGAUCUUAUCGAAACAAUGAGUAUACCGGGAGUUUGGAGUGAGGAGGAUCUUCAACAUAUCUUAGGACAAUACGGCACUUUCAUCGUCGAACGUACUGGCACGGAUGUUGAGGACGCACUUGCAAGUCUUGAACAAUAUAAGCGCAAUAUUUACGUCAUUCAACAGCUGGUAACAAACGAUAUCAGUAGCACAAAGAUUAGACUUUUCUUGAGGAAAGAGAUGAGCGUGCAAUAUUUGUUACCCGCUCCAGUUAUCGAGUACAUUGAGGAGCACCAUCUUUAUGAGGAGGAUGGUGCAUCAUCCAUCAAUGCAGGCAAAUCGAAGACAGCAGAAGGUUCAGGCCGAGGAUCACCUGCAGUGGGAGAUUCAAAGUUUAAGAAUUAAGAAGGAAAUAUUAAUCAUUUAAAAAUAUAUUAAAUAAAACUAAAUUGUAAAUAACAUCAAAUUUAAAAAAAAAAAUUUU